AGUAUUCAGUGACUGGAGAACAAGAUAUCGAGAUUUUCGCUUCCCACUAUGUCUACUUUAUCGAGUCCUCGCACCGAUGCCGUUCUUCCUAUGACAAAUGACUACAUGCAGCAGAUCGUGCGGGGAGAAAAGAACUACGAGUUUCGCCGGUACCGCAUCGCGUCGACGGUCUGCCGAGUGUGGUUCUAUCUGAACGCCCCCCUCUCCCAUAUCGCCUACGUGUGUGAGAUCGACUCUGCGAGGACAAGAAAUAAAGGAGACGAUAAGCUUAUUGAAAAUGGAUUAGGCAAUGCCGAAUUUAAUAAUAGACAUCCUGACUGGAAGGGAUACGACUAUGCCUAUCGCAUAAGGAGCGUGUAUAAGCUUAGGAAACCGAUAACCCUUCGACAUAUGAAGUCGAUUUACGGCAUUAAGGGUGCCCCACGAGGACUCAUCUAUGUUCCUCCAAAACUGCUUCAGGACGUUUCCUGGAACGCUCAAAUCAAAAUCUUGCCAAAGAUUGAUGUAGAGUCUAAGCCAUCUCCAAAUGAGAAAGAAAACGCUCCCUCAGAUGGGCCAACGGCCACACUGGUUGUUGCCGUUACAGGUGGAUCGAGGAAGAGAACCCGCCCUGCGAUGGAUGACGCGCCACCUUCUGACAAUUUCGUCACGAAAAAACAGCGCCGAUGAUACCCUUCCCUCCUGUUUUUUUUCCCGCCCUGCAGGCUUGCCAUCUCAUGUUUAAGUCCUUGUAACCAGCAUUGGGGCCCACUUAUAUUACUCAACGCCUCACUACUAAGUGUGGCAUUCCAUGAUACCCUUGUUGUUUAUCCCUAGAAUCGCUCAACUAUUGCGUUUCACCAAGUAAUGUAUUUUCUAUAGCUAAAAGUCCGACCAUCAUUGUCGAUGUAUCUGUUUAACCGUUACGUUCCGUAACAUUAAGCAUUGCAAGCUACGAUUUCCACUGGGAAAUG